AUGGAAUUGAACCUCGUUCUCAUCACCAUCAAGCUCAGCACUGGCAUCGCCCCCGAUUUUGAGGCAGAGACUGGCACGCUGGGCGAAAUCAAUUUCCACGAGUGGUUGGGCGAAUUUGGGCUAAGCCAUGUGAAGGGCGUCCUUUUCUCUCGACCAGGAGAUUUCACCCCUGUCAACACGAUUGAGCUGGACAUUGAAGUAUAUGGUGGAAACACGACAGGACCUACCUACGUUGAAUACCCCAUCGUGAGUGUUGUAUUGCUGACGCUGAUCGCAAAAAUCUCCCACCUAUACGACAUGCUGGAUUACCAUGAUGUUUCCAACAGAGAUGCAAAGGGAUUGCCGUUCACUAUUUGUACAGUUUUCGUCAUCAACUCCAAAAAGGUCAUCCGCCUGACCAUCUCUUACCCCGCCGUCUCUGGAUGCAACUUCGACGAGAUCAUUCGUGUUAUUGAUGCCAUCCAGUUGGGUGAUAAGAACCGUAUUGCCACCCCAGUUAACUGGAACAAAGGUGACGACCUUUACCUCCGGACGACCCCUUCGAAGGUGAAUUAA